AUGCUCAGCCAAAGUGAUUCUACGUGUAAAAUUCUGCAUUCUAAGGUGACAUAUGAUAAUUCAAAAACUCAACUAGAUCUUGCAGAUGAAGUUUGGAGCCCCAGCUCCUCAUUGGAGGUGAACAAUGUUAAUGAAGAGGUUGGAAGUUUUGCAUCGUGCAUCAAGAGCAGCAAUCCUUAUCCUUAUAGAAUCGAACUUGAACAGGAUGUACAGAGAUUACAACAGCAGUUGCAAAAAGAGAUGGAAAUGCAUGCUAUUCUGGAAAAUGCUAUUGAGAAAAAUACUGCUCAGGGGCUUCUGUCUACUAUUGCAGUACUGGAGGUCACAGUUUCAAAGCUUGAACAAGAGAUCGUUUCUUUGCAUUUCCAAAUAAGUCAAGAGAGAAAUGAGCGAAGGCUUGCUGAAUAUCGUUUGAGGCAGUCAGCUUCUCAAUCAAUAUCUGCUUACUCUUCAGAGAGCAUGAAAGCACCGAUUUCUUCUUCUUUGAGGAGUCUCAAGCAUUCAGAUUAUGAACUGCACCAACCAGAGGAGAAUAACUCAUGUAAAGACCAAUCAUCUGAAUUUACCAGUGAAACAUCUACUGCUCAGUCUUUAAUGGAGAAUUCAACGAAGGUGACAGAGGUUUUCAAUGAGAAGAAAGUAUCUAUGCAGACAGAUGCCAAACCCACUCAACCUGCAGAGCUCAUGAGGCUUCCAAAAGGAAUGUCGCCUAAUGGCCUUUGGGAUUACCCUAAUCAACUUUCAGAGGAGAUGGUAAUAUGUAUGAAAAAUAUUUUCAUGUCACUGGCAGAGUCUGCUACACCAUCCACAUCCUCUGCAUUGGAGAGCCAAUCCUCUCCUGUGUCACCGAGUGGACAUCUAUCCAAUUCAUCAUGGUGGUCAUCAUCUGAGCGCUCAAUGAUUUCAUCAUGGGUACAGAGCCCCCAGGUUGAUAUACAAAGUAACUCUGAAGUGUUGGCCUUGGACAAUGUCUUUGAUCCCUACAAAGUGCGGGGCAAGUUGAGUUGGGUGGACAUUGGAAACUAUGGUUUAGCAAAUGAAGUUUCUUGGAUGUCAGUUGGAAAGAAGCAAUUAGAAUAUGCCUCAGGGGCAUUAAGGAAGUUCAGAACACUUGUUGAGCAACUCGCCAGAGUGAACCCUAUCCAUUUGAGCUGCAAUGAGAAGCUUGCUUUCUGGAUCAAUCUGUACAAUGCUUUGAUUAUGCAUGCGUACUUGGCAUAUGGAGUCCCAAGGAGUGACUUGAAGCUCUUCUCAUUGAUGCAAAAGGCUGCAUACACCGUGGGAGGACAUUAUUUUAGUGCAGCUGCCAUUGAGUAUGUGAUUUUGAAGAUGAAAUCGCCUCUCCACAGGCCACAGAUUGCUUUGCUUCUUGCCCUUCACAAGUUGAGGCUAUCAGAGGAACAGCGGAAGUCUGCAGUUGAUGCACAUGACCCUCUAGUAGCAUUUGCCCUAAGCUGUGGAAUGUACUCAUCCCCAGCGGUAAGGGUGUUCACUGCUAAGAAUGUGAGAGAAGAACUUCAAGAAGCUCAGCAUGAUUUCAUUCGAGCUUCAGUUGGAGUUAGCAACAAAGGGAAGCUAUUGGUGCCGAAAAUGCUCCACUGCUUCGCCAAAGGCUUUGUCGAUGAUGCAAAUUUGGCUGUAUGGAUAUCGCAUUACCUUCCACCCAAUCAGGCUGCAUUUGUAGAACAAUGCAUAUCACAAAGGCGGCAAAGCCUUCUUGGUUCGCGAAAUUGUGGCAUUCUUCCCUUCGAGUCUCAUUUCCGUUACCUUUUUCUGCCCGACAAAACUUCACGUUGA